AUGGUUAUCAAAGACCCAAAGGUCCUACUACAUGUGCUACUUACGAUCUGUGGUCUCGCACCCACGACAGCUCUCUGGUUGUACGCCCCAACUAUCAUCGGUUCAUUUGGAUAUGGACGCUUACAAGCAAACGCACUCGUUUCGGUCGGCCAAUGGAUCUCAGUAUGCCUUAUCAUCAUUGCAGCAUUUGUCGCUGACAGGACCGGCCGACGUGGUUUUGUAGUACUAUUUGGCGUAUUCUGCCAGUGGACAUUCAUGGUUGCAUUCCGUGCAUUGCCUGACAGCUCGAGUGCGGGUUUGAAGUUUGGGAUCGUGACCAUGGGCACGGCAACCUGCAGUUGGUGGCAUUCUGUCAAUGGUUCCAGGUUGUCCAUCAACGCUAGCUGCCCCGAAAAACGAGCGAUCCGCAUGGCUAUAUUCAUCAUGGCGGCUAAUUGCGCCGGCAUUGUUGGUGGACAGCUAUUUCGGUCAGACGAUUUGCCGUACUACCAUCGCGGAUGGACAAUCAUAGCAGUAUUGAUGUCUAUUGCUCUGUCGGCUGUUAUUUCUCUGCUCAUCAUUUACUGGCAAGCAAACAGGCAUUUAGCAAGCGGUGGCAAUGUCACUGACCAAUCCGCCGAUGAUUAUGGACAUCAUGAGAAUGGACUGCAGCGACGAAGCCGAUCAGCCGCUUCACCGUAUAACUACUGA